UUCUUGAAGAAUCGAUUCCCCAAUGGAGAGUCUUGAAUGUGAAUGCAACAAAACAACUAAUAAUAUAAUCUAGCGUAAAUGCUAGGCAUGGUACCGUAUUCGGAUACACCAGAUUCUUCAUCCAAAAGACUGCACUUAUAUAAGCAGAGCUACACAGACACCAAAGAUCAACAACAGAAAAGCGAUGGCUCAGAUGGCGAAAUCCAUGAUCGAAGUGGAGAUCAAUGUGUCAGCUGAUAAGAUUUUCCAAGCUAUUAAGGCUACUUCUCGGAGUGUACCGAAACUAUCUCCAGAGAAAAUACUUAGCGUGGAGGAGCAAUUUGGUGGCGACUGUAAAGGCACCAAGAACUGGACUUUGUCUGUUGAUGGAAAAGUGGAGAAGAUGAAGGAGAGAGUUGAGAUAGAUGAGGAGAACAAAUCAAUGACUGUGUUUGUGUACGAUGGAGAUGUAAUGGAGAAUUACAGUAGCUUCACAUGCAACCUUCAGAUUAUACCGAAGCUCCAUGGAAGAAGUGUAGCGAGAUGGAGUUGGGAAUACGAGAAGCUUCACUCAGAUUCUCCAGCUCCGAACAAGUAUAUGGAUUUCGCGGUCUAUCUCACUAAAGAUAUUGAGACUAAUCUUCUCAAAAAAACAUAAGAGGUCUAAUUAUAUUUGCUUUGUUUAUAAGUUAUAUAACAACGGUUGCUUCUCUUUUUGAGACAUGUGUGUAAUUUGUAUCUAUUAUGUCCUUGAAAUUGUUAUGAUGGGAUUGAUAUUA